AAGAAAGCGACCGAGCAGGAAAAGUUUGCAACACCGAAUUCUCGUCGUUCCCCGCAAAUUUGUGUGUUUUCCUCGUAGUUUUCCCGCUGAAUGGUGAUAUUUCACGGUGUACCGAACGCCGUGAGUUCACAGUGUGCCGAUUGUUGUGAAGAAAGUACGCUUCGCCCGAUAAUCGCGGUAGACGGGACAAGAUCGAAAUCCAAGGAGUCACCGCAUCACUGCAAAGUCGCCGAGACCGCGCUGAAAAGGGCAACAGGCAACACGGAACCGUAUCAUUAAGUGAUUUUUCUCCUGGGCAUAGUGGUUGAAUUUUCUUCGUCAAGAUUCCGGCCUUAAAAGAAUCCACCCCCAUGGGCAAAGAAAUCGAUCCCGCCGAUAUAGGCAAGCAUCCGGAUCUGAUUAAAAAGGCGCAAGCGGAAAUCGCACAAUGUGACGUGUUGGUGUGCGGCCGGUGCCACACGGUGUUUCAUCUCAUUGAGCUGUUCCGCGAGCACAAGGAAAAGGAACCGGAAUGCAAGCGAUCCUCGACGUCGCCGCUGCACGACUGCGACGAGGCGCAGACGAAGGUGUGGGCCUUCCUGCUGUGGAAGUCGACGCAGCAGAAUGCACCAACGCCCGGUGCCACCAAUGAGAAGGCCGGUUCGGGCAACUCCUGGAAGCUGUACCAGACGUGGGUGAAGCUGGACGAUUCCGUGCGCGACACCUGGGUCGUAGCCGGCAAAACUAUACAGUCGUUUGGGAAGACUGGCUCUGGCAGCCUUCACGAGAUGCCUGUGAAGAUCACUAAAACUAUCGUGGAAAAAACUGACGAGCAAAAACCCGGAACACCAGCUGGUGUUAAUGCUCAGAAUCGUGUCAUAACACCGGUUCGCAAGCCUGGAGAUGUGAAAACUUCACCCGGUUUACUCGAUCCAAAGAGUCGAACCCCUGGCGUGGGUGGGGGUGUGGUCGGUGCGGUGAAAAAACCAGACGUACCAGUGAAGCCUGGAACGGUGCCUGGUAAGCGAUCCAUUGCCAAACGUACCCAUCCAAAAACGGGCGAAGUCACCGAAGAAGAGGUAGAGAAAAUUCUGGCCAAGCGCUUCAGCCCCGGCAUUAAGAUGCACGAGUAUCUGGUCAAGUGGAGCAAGAUGACAAACGAGCACAACACCUGGGAGCCACUGACGCACCUGCAUUCGUGCCAGAGCGUACUGGAGUACUUCGAGGUGCAGCUGGCCAAGCAGAAGGAGCAGCGAGCGGCGGCUGCAGCCCGAGCUCUGCAACAGCAGCGUCAGGAAAAGGCUAAGGGUCCGGGCAGUGGGCCAGGAACUCCUGCCGGUGCGACGGGUACCAAUGCCACACAAUCGGCCGGUUCCAGUCCGUUGUCCCCGUCCAAUGCGAUGCGCCCGAACAGAGUCUCGAAAACAAAUGCAGUUGAUCGGGUGAAACUGUGGUCGUCCGGUAAUCAGGACGGCUCGUCGGAGGAAGGUGGCAUUAAGCGUAAGCUGGACGAUAGCGAAAACGACGCCGCGACUGACCAGGAUGGUAGCGAAUCGCCGAAGAAGAUGCGCACCGAUUCAAACAGCGCCAUCAACGAUGCUCUCAACAAGGUGUCCCAGAGCAGUAGUGUAAAGAUCGUAUCUGUGUCGGCAACAGGAGCCGGCAUCAAAGCGUCUCCGGGUGGGUCCGCCACCGUGAACGGUGGUACGGGCUCCCCCUCAUCAGCCACGGUGAAAGACAGCAAUGCAGCUGAGGUGGUUAUCAUUAAAUCACCGAAGGAUGGUGUACCGAGCGGUAUCAGCAAGAAGCCGGUCGGUAUGCUAGCCGGCGGCGGCACGGCCAUCAACCGGGGCGUUCUACUUCGCGGGGAAGCAAAGGUAAAGAUCGUUCCAAAGUCUGAACCGGGUGGUAUAUUUAAGAUCAAACCAGAAACAUCAUCACAGGCCUCUCAGCAGCAACAGCAGCAGCAAGGUGGUAGCCCGGCAAGCGGCUCAACGACCAGCACGUCCUCCAACUCCACCGUCGUCACGUCAUCGGCCACCACCCCGCGUCCGGUGACGAUUCAUUCCUCAUCAACGUUGGCUGCCAGCGACUCAUCCAGCGGUGUAACGACACGCUUCAUACGCCGAAACGUCGAUGGAACGCCGCAAAUCGUUCGCCAGACCAUUCGCAAGGCACCAAAGGUAGUGUCCAGUACACCGGGAUUGCAGAGGCAAGGGAUACCGGCAGGGCGACCGAUAGGGAGCGCUCCCAGCACCCCGCUUGGUGCAUCGAGACCGGCGGGCACCGCUUCCGGGGCUCAGCAGCGUUCUUCACUUACGCCGCGGGUUGGUAGCACAAUAGCGCCUCGGCCAGUCACCCGCGUAGUACCAGGCACUCCCAGUAAUGUUGUUCGAACGGCUACCGCUUCGUCGGAACAGAAGCUGAACGCACUCCGUAAGCAGGGCGUCAACGUCGUCAAACAUGUCGUCACGACCUCAUCAACAAAAACAAAGCCAUCGAACGACGACGAAGACGAUGGUAUGAUGAACGAUGGAUUUCCCUCCAAUCUCCCACUGCCUACCCCGCCGAGCCCACCCCGUGCACUCACCCUUUGCCCGGUGACCGGUAAGGUGCUGGGUCAGGCGGAAGGUGAACCGACGCCCGUUCCGAGCCCGGAAAACGAAUCUGAAGAGAAAAAACCAGGAGCAGUAAAGAAGGAAGAGGCUGACCAGCAGCAGAGAGCGAGUGGCAGUGAAGCAGCGGAAACCGAUCAACAGCAGCUGGUGGUGGCCGGCGGCGGUGACCAGACGGACAUGCAAGUCCAGCAACUGAUGACAAACGAGGACGGUUCGCCGAUCAUUGUGGCGGGUGAGGACGGUACGUUGUAUCAAGUGGCAGGCAAGAACGCCGAGGGACAGACCAUUCUGAUUGCCCAGGGGGCCGAUGGAGAACAGAGCUGCGUGCUAGUGACCUCACAGGAGGGUGAGGAGGAGGCGCAACCCGGUACCGCUGGGGUACUAACGCUUGACGCGGCCGUUUCCGAAGCCGUUGCUGUGCCGCAAGAGGGACAACAGUUGACGGAAGAGCAAGCGGCACAGUACCAGCAGGCGGUUGACACCAAUCAGCAGCUUACAAUUCAAACGGAAGACUCGCAGGAUGGUCAAAUAACGGCCGAAGUGGUGCAAGCUGACCAACCAUCGCCAGGUGGUACGCGGAGAGUUGUUCUUCUCCUGCCUGAUGGAAGCUUCAUGAUGACGGAGGUUAACGACGAGCAGUACCAAUCGCUUAAUCUGGUUAACUAAAUGGACUUUUUCCUCCGACUUUCCAAGGACAAUGAAUGUAGGGUUCAUGGUUUGUUAAGGAUGACUUGCGUAAUUUAGUGCUUUUUAGCUACGUGAACGAUUGAUUUAUCAGACUUUCCCAACGUUUAAUCAAAGAUAAUACAUUUCAAUUUAUGUAUAACCAA